AAAUAAAUAAGCAUUAACAAAAAAAAAAAAAAGAGUGGGUCCUGGAUCUCCAGUGGGUGGUGAGGCCAGGCAAAAUCGUAGCCUUCUAAUGAGAGCAUUCGACUUUGUUUAGUGAGCACCUAACAUAUGUCAGAAACCAAUGUCAGUUGCAGGGACUCAGAAAGUAUUGAAACUAAUCACUCACUUUGAAAAGCUCACAGUGGGAGCACCUGGGUGGCUCAGUUGGUUAAGCGUCAGACCCUUGGUUUUGCCUCAGGUGAUGAUCUUGAGGCUUCGUGAGUUCAAGCCUGGCCUUGGGAUUCUCUCAAGCCUGCUUGGAUUCCUCAGGAUUCCUCAGUCUGCUUGGGAUUCUCUCUCUCUCCCUCUCUCUCUUCUCCCCUACUUGUGCUGUCUCUGCCUCUCUCAAAAUAAAUAAAUAAACUUAAAAAUUUUUAAAGAAAAGCUUACAGUGGAAGAAAGGUAUGUAAACAGAAAAUUACUAAACAGCUAAAGGCUUAAACAGGGGUAGGAAGGAAUGUUCUAGAUACACUGUGGAGACAGCCUCCACAGUAGGCAUCACCCUGGAUGUGGCUUUUGAAGAAUCAAGAGUCAAGUGGGCCAAGAAGCAUACACCAAAAUGUCUUACAGGCCUGCAGAAAACAAGUUCACAGAAACGGUACUUUGGCAGCAGCUGAAGCAGGACACGCCAUCCCAUGCCCACAGCAAACUAUGCAAAGCACUAUGUGAUCUAGAGAGAUUAAGUAAAUUGUGGCCUCCGCUCCUAGGCAUUAAAUACAUUACCUAAAUAUAAGACAAACUAUUCAGAAUACAGUGUGCUUUGAGCAGAGGUGGAAACUGAAUAUAACUCUGGUCCUAAGUACAAAGAUCACUGAGGUGGGGGUGGGGGUGACAGGAGCACUCUCAUUAAGGCACGGGUACGGGGUGGGUGGAGUAAAAACCAAAAAAGAAAAAAAAAAUCAAGGUGGGGCAACAGCAGGUCAAGUGGAAGCAGAAAGAGGAGGAAGCCCAUGCCAGGAACUGAGGGAUUGGAACAGAAAAGUGGGUGGAGCCAGUGGGCUCCACCCCCGCCUCCUCCGGCUCGGCUACAACCUACUUUCUGCAGAGUCGUUCCAGACAGGUGAGAGAGGAACUUCUAAGACCGACGCUGGUGAGCACCAAAGCCCCAGGCAGGGCCAGCCAGGACUGGGUCUUGGAUGGUGUAGAAAGAGCUGGAAGGGACACUGCAAAGAAGAAGGAAGAAGGAAGGAAGGCAGGGCCAUUACACAGUAAGUUGCAUGAAAGAUCCUGGGUUUAUUUCCUGGCUACUCCACACGCACUGAUACCCUGGCACUCUGAUUGAUCCUAGAGAGAAUUACAAAGCUGAAGGGAACCCUGAAGGUCAUAUAUUUUGGCCAUUUAUUUGAUUUGAGACUGAAGAACCUGAGACCCAAAGGUGUCUGAUAUGGUUACUGCGGAAUCUGACCUGGCCGGGACGCCAGUUGCUCGUUUAGACACAAUACCUGUGUGUCUUUUUGCAGGAGCCUGGGGAGGGGCCAUGGUGCCAAGACAGUUUUGGGGGAGACUGGAGAAGCCGCUUCUCUUCCUGUGCUGCGCCUCCUUCCUCCUGGGGCUGGCUUUGCUGGGCAUACAGCCAGACAUCGCCCCUGUUGCUUAUUCCUUUCUCACCUUGGGUGGCUUCUUUUUGUUUGCCUGCCUCCUGGCCUGUAUUCUGGAAUGGGGGUUCCGAUCAAUGCAGACCGAGAAUUCGGGGGCCUCAAGCAAUGCAUGCGACAACGAGGCCUUUGAGGUGCCAACCUAUGAAGAGGCUGUGGUGUUGGAAUCACAGUGCCGCCCCCAAGAGCUGGGUCAACCACCCCCCUACAGCAGUGUUGUAAUCCCCCCAGUACUUGAGGAAGGACAGCCUGGCCAUCCAGAGGGGCCCGAAAGAGCUAGACUGGAAAGGCGAGUGGGCUCAGAGGGAUCUACGACCUCAGGAAACCCUGGAAGAGCUCCAAUCAGCCUUCGGCUUCGGGGACCCCGAGCUGUGUCCACUGCUCCUGAUCUGCAGAUCUUGGGGAUGCCCCCCAAACUGGAGCCUCUUACCCCACCCCCUGACUAUGAUGUCAGCUUUGGUCAACCUGAUGAUGUUUUCUUUGAAAACAACCGGACACCCCCCUAAAAGACUAUGCCAGGAUAUAUCCUCUCUGCGCCAGACUCAUUCAUUCAUUUGACCAACAUUUCCCAGUGCCUGCCACGUAUCAGGAACUCUGUUUCCACGUGGGGAACUUAACACCGAGGGGAGUCAGGCUAUCCUAAGCCUCUCCCAGCUGAGAUGUACAUAGCACUGUUGGAGUCUUCGAGUAACAUUCAGUGACCUACCCCAUAUCUGAUAUUUCCAGAGUUAGACGAGUAUGAGAGGAGUGACCCAGAGAAUCUGGAGAAGGAAGAAAAGAAACAUCUGAGUGACAGCUA